AUGUCCCUGGAAUAUUCUUACUAUCAACCGACGACACCGCCACGACUGCAAUUGGUGGAGCUUAUUGGAGCCACCCACAGUCGUAAUGCGUCUGAUUCAUCCAUCUAUUCCAAUGAUUCCUCACCGUGGUCGGCCAUGACCGCUGGAACCAGUCCGAGAGAAGCCUCUCCUCCAAGAUACCAGCACGGCCCUGCUCUGCUGCCGAAAAUCAGGUCGCAGGAUGUGGUGAUUGAGCCUGCGCCUGCCCCUGGACCCCAGCGCCAUCGUCGCGUUCUCUCCAAUACUCGGAACCCGCCAGGCUUCCUACCUUAUCCUCCCAGGCGUCCAGACAUUCAGCGGAAUGUCCUAGAAAUGGCGGAUUGCCUUCCUCUGGUGUCACCAGCUACAACCUCGCCCAUGUAUGGUUCUCACAAUGGCUCCACACUGUCCUCCCCUGUGAACAUUACGCCGUCGCAUAAGCGCAAGGUUUCCGGCGGGCAUUCUCGAUCAGGUUCUGUUUCCAGCAUUGACGAAGCGACCCUGAGUCGAUACGGCUAUCCGACCUAUCGGCAUCUUCCAAAGUACACCACGCAAGCGCACCCUUCGCCAUCCGCCCCAGUCACCCCGGUGACACCAAAUAUUGUGGUACACCGGUCAUACUCUCAGACCUCGCCCAAUGACGGCUCUCCGUCCCCGGUCCAAUGUCAGACUCAGACGCCACUUGUCCUUCCACCCUCCCCAUACGGGUAUGCUCGAGUUCCGAGCGCGCAGCCUUCGCCCGUUGGCAUUGCGCCUCAUGCGGAGGGUCUGAUGCCGCAGUCGACUACCUUGCUCUCCUACCUGACAUCUUCCACUCAAGCAAUCAAUCUCGUUCGUAAUGUCAGCGUGGUUCCCACACGAGGAAUGCACGACUAUUUCUGGUGGGACAUUAGGAACCUGCGUAGCUGGACCUCGUUCACGCUUCAGACGUUUAACUCGAUCAAUGGCCUCACCAAGCUUCUGAGGACUGCAAUCUCCUCCGAUUUGACUCCGCCAGUCGCGGUAGCCCCGUCUCGCCUGUCUCCCGACUCCGAAGCCGCGUUGGUUAAUCUUAUACGGGACAUCUAUGGACCGCGUGUCAAUGCCGCGCUCGCUGUAUCCCAAGGACCAGAGCAUCUAAAACUCUAUCCGGCGCCUAACCUACGGGCUUCAAACAGCAAGAACACAGGUGGACCGCACUUUCUUGCCAACUAUGCGUCUGAUACCGAGCAGACCAGUUCCGGUAUGCCUCGGGGACGGCUCGUCGGUAUCGUCAAGAGCUUUGACCGCUGGAACACGGGCAUGCGCAACGAAGCGCCUCACCGGCGGGUGGAGUACCUCAAUGGUCUAGCCCAUCUGCAACGGUGCAUGCGCGAGCACUCAUGCCGAUACGGCUUCAUCAUCACCGAGAUUGAACUUGUUUGUGUGCGCGCGGGGUGCGACGAAGGAGACGACGUGCCAUAUUUUGGGUUCCUGGAGGUAUCGGCACCAAUUCCCACUAACAUCGCCGUGAGUCCGGAAGAACUGGGGCUGCAGCCAGCUUCUUUUGCCCAGGCACAGUCACCCGAGCAGUCUCACGACAGUCAAUCAGCUGGAGCAGAAUGCGACCCCACAUCAAGGUUCGAAGACGGCCUUAACGUCCCGAUGACUGCGAGCUUGGCCUUGUACUUUCUGCUCAUGCUGUCUAAAUCGGUGCCCUUGCCGUCCCAACCCUCUGCUCACCUCAACGUAGGCGGACCUGGAGCACUGACCCGCCAGCGGAUUCUCCCAGAGGGGAAAGACAAAUGGAUACCGGAACCACAGAUCGGAGAGCGACGAGACGCGAAGCGAGUUCGAGGGUGGGUGUGGCCUCAAGACGCCUGGCAUCGCCGCGAGGGCGGAGGUGUGCCGCGGCAGAGGGCAAAUGCAGCGGAGGAAUCGAAGCAGAAGAAAUGGCACAAAAUCGGGUCGACUCUACCCGGUCGACGACGAAACCCAGCAAAGGUAUCCUUGCAACGAGAUUAUCAAGUCCAAGAGGCCAUUGAGCGACAGCUACGCCCGGUCCCCAGCAGCGCUGCACAUCAUCAACUCCAGGAAGAGCAGACAAGGACCUUGGGAUCCAAGUACCUCCUGGGUGGUGGCAGCAACCAUCGCUAUAUAUCAUCGAGUACUGCAAAUAGCAGCCGGCAACAUGGAACUCUCUCACAUCGCUAUCAUCUUGUCACAAGCCGCAUCGCCGCACCGACCUUCAUCUACCAUACACAACCCAACACAAUGAGCAAGACGCAGCCUCCCUCCUCCUUUCCUAUCCCCACCCUCCACGAUGUAAUCAUCAUCGGCGCCGGACCCUGCGGCCUCGCCGUCGCCGCGAGACUGAACGAAGCGACUCCCUCCGCUAUGUUCACCGACGAGGAACACCAGCGCUACCACUGGAUCAACAAGCAUAGCGGACGGAUGGCGCUCGUGCAGGCUCACGGCAAGAAACUCAACGCCGUCCGGGCGGAGAAGUGGCAAAGCUACGACAAGCGUCAGCGUCAGCGCCAGCGUCGACGCUCGAKUUCCUCUUCUACAGCCUCGGAUAGCUCCGGGGGAGGAUCUCUCUCCUCUCCGCCGUCAUUGUCUUCGAGCCCGUCGUCGGUGGACGGGCAGGAGGCCCAGGCGAUGGGCACGAAGGGAGGAAUCUCGAUGCUGGUGCUGGACGGGACCGCGGCGGGCUGGAUGGAGCGGUGGCACCGGGCGUUCAGGACGCUUGAGAUUGCGCAGCUGCGCAGCCCGAUGUUCUUCCAUGUGGACCCGGCGGACCGGGACGGGAUGCUGGCGUAUACGCAGGAAACGGGACGGGAGAGGGAUCUGUGGGAGAUUCCGGGGUGUGUGGGGAAGGAGGUCAGCAAGCAUAAGAAGAAGAAGAGAUUGCGGGGAAAGCCUGUGGCAAUUGGCGAGGUGGAGAUUGAUGAACGAGAUCGCAAGGAUUACUUCUCGCCGUCGACGGGGCUUUUUGCGGACUACUGUGCUAGUAUCAUUGAGCGUUAUGGGCUGGAUGCACCCGGUCUGAUUCUCCAGAAUGAGGUCGAUGAUAUCCGGUAUAGCUUUCAUGAGGAGAUCUCGCCUGGCGAGAAGAUCUUUACAGUGACUGCCAGCGACGGGAGGAGGUUUUAUAGUCGGGCUGCGGUGUUGGCUAUCGGGCCGGGCAAGACGAAGGCCUUCCCGUUUGAACUGUCUGCGGAGGAGAAGAUGGGUGCUUGCCAUAGCAGCGAGAUCCAGACAUUUCCGAGUCCUAAUGUGAAAAGGAAAAUACAGCAGAGACAGGAGACGAACGUCGUCGUCGUCGGUGGAGGGCUGUCGUCUGCGCAGAUUGUCGACAUGGCUGUCCGAAAGGGUGUCACCAAGGUGUGGUAUCUCAUGAGGUCAGACCUCAAGGUGAAACACUUCGACAUCAGUCUGCCUUGGAUGGGCAAGUUCCGAAACUUUGAGAAAGCAGCAUUCUGGGGCGCAGACACCGAUGAAGAACGUCUGGAGAUGAUCAAAAUAGCCCGUAACGGCGGCAGCAUGACGCCCCGCUACCAGAAAAUCGUAAAGCACCAUGCAUCUCGCAAUCGAGUCUCUAUCCACACGCGCACCGUCAUCUGCAGCAAGGAGUACUGCCCCUUGUCUCAGACCUGGCGUCUCACCACAGACCCUCCCAUUCCGGACCUCCCCCCGAUCGACUACAUCUACUGCGCAACAGGCAUGAAGUGCGACGUCCAGGAGCUCCCGCUCUUGAACCAAAUGCACCGCAACUACCCUAUCGAGACUAAGCAAGGGCUUCCGUGCAUCACGGAUGAUCUCAUGUGGCGCGCUGAUGUGCCUCUGUUCGUGACCGGGAGGCUGGCUUCGCUGCGUAUCGGCCCUGGGGCGCCGAACCUUGAAGGAGCACGGCUGGGGGCUGAGAGGAUUGCGUGGGCCAUGGAGGAGGUGCUGGGCAGGAAGGAGGCGGAGGAUGAUGAGGUGGGACGGUCCAGGGAGUGUUUUUGUGGGCUGGGGAACCGAUAUGCUGAGCUGUUAAACGAGGGAGAAUUGGAUUGGGAGGAAUAG